CCCGGAAGCGCAGCGCGUGGUGGGGGGCGGACCAACGACCGAGGCGCAAGAGAGAGAGGAAAGAGAGAAGAGUCUGCCGUGAAGACCUUAAUUAUUCCCUGAGGAGCCAUCACUAUCAUUGUUUUUUUUUUUUUUUUUAAUUACUCCAGUCUCAAAAGCUCAAGGCGUUAAAUGCUGAUGCGUGCAAUCAGUCUGGUUAAAUAGUCGCAACUUUUUGCGCCCAGUGGAGCGAAAAGAUCACGCGCGCUGGAUAGGAAAACCCCCCUGGUGACUUGUAUACUUGGCGUUUAUUUAUUUCUAUUUAUAUAGAAGUGAUAUUUUAUGAAUGUAUAUAUGUCGCGUUUUUUAUUUCGGACGCAUGGAUAGCAAGGUCAAGCACAAAACGUACUGUUUUAGAAAUAUGAACUUUCCACAUCAGCUUCAUGUGGGAUUGCGUUAUAUUUUCCAAACGAGCUCGUAAAUGCAGCUGUGUGAUUAAUUCGGAGAGCUCAUAAUGAGAGCAACAUUUCUGGACACGGUUUAGUAGGACUGCUUGGACUGAGACUUGACGACAAACAGAAAGGCACUGCUACAGCUCAGGCUGGUACAGCUCAUGACACAAGAAGGAGUAAUAACAUCCUUUUUGCAAAUUACAAGUUUCCACUGACAACAUGACUGUCAAGAUGGAUUUUGAAGAGUGCUUAAAGGACUCCCCCAGGUUCAGGGCAGCCAUUGAGGCAGUGGAGGGGGAUGUGAAUGAACUGGAGACACGUCUCGAAAAGUUGGUGAAGCAGUGUAAUGCCAUGCUGGAAGCAGGCCGAACAUAUUGCCAGAGCAGUAAGAGCUUUGUAAAUGGACUCAGGGAACUUGGAUGCCACCUCUCUGAAGACACAACUGUGGGGAACUGUCUGGAAAAGUUCUCCAAGAAGCUGUCCACCAUCCUCGCGGCUCAGGAGGAGCUCAUUGAAAGCACACAGAAGUCAGUGAAACUGAAGCUGCAGAGUUUUGUGAAAGAGGAUGUGAAACGCUUUAAAGAUGCACGUAAGGAAUUUGAGCGCAGCAGUGAGACUCUGGAGACGGCUUUGGGGAGGAAUGCUCAAGCCCCACGGGGAAAGCUGCAUGAGGUUGACGAGGCCACUCAGGCCCUAAUUCAUGCCCGUAAAGCCUUCAGAGCAGGGACUCUGGACUAUGUACUGCAGAUUAAUGUUAUUGAGUCCAAGAAGAAGACUGAUAUACUGAUGGCGAUGCUCUCGCUGAUGGAAACCCAGGCUACGUUCUUCCAGCAUGGUCAUCAGUCCCUCACAGAACUGGAGGAGUAUCGUAAGCAACUCAGUAAUGAGUACACACAACUAGUUCUAAACUCUGCAAGAGAUAAGAGGGACAUGGAGCAGAGACAUGGUGACAUUAAGAAAAAGGAUGAGACCUAUGAUGAAUCAAUCUUGGACUUCAGUCCAGAUGCAUCCAGUGGAAUUGCCAUGGAGGGCUACUUGUACAAGAGAGCCAGCAAUGCCUUCAAAACAUGGAGCAGGCGCUGGUUUUCCAUUCAAAAAAACCAACUGGUCUACCAAAAGAAAUUCAAAGAGCAGCCCACUGUGGUGGUGGAAGACUUGCGCCUGUGCACAGUGAAACCCUGUGCGGAACAGGAGAGAAGGUUCUGCUUUGAGGUUGUCUCACCCUCAAAGAGCUGUCUAUUGCAGGCAGAUUCAGAGAGACAGCAGCAAGGCUGGAUGAGUGCUGUGCAGAACAGCAUUGCUUCAGCAUUUCAGGAGAGGAGAGAGGACACAUACAGCCCUAGGGAGCGCUGCAGCUCUGUGUCAGGCAGCAGUAUGAAUCUGGGUAUUGGAGAGCAGAAGGACUGUAAAGCCCUGGAGGAGGUUCAGGCUAUACCCGGGAACAGCCAGUGCUGUGACUGUGGAGAACCAGGGCCAGACUGGGCUUCCAUUAACCUGGGCAUAACACUCUGUAUCACCUGCUCUGGUAUACACAGGAGUCUGGGUGUCCAUUUCUCUAAAGUACGAUCUCUAACUCUGGACUCAUGGGAGCCUGAGCUCAUAAAACUGAUGUGUGAGUUGGGAAACGCUGCCAUUAACCGGAUCUACGAGGCACGCAUUGAUGAGAUUACGAUAAAGAAACCACACCCUUCCAGUCCCAGGCAGGAUAAAGAGUCGUGGAUACGUUCAAAAUAUGUGGAGAAAAAAUUCAUCCACAAGCUUCCUGAAACAGGGCGGGGUACGCCACUGCGUCGCUCCAGUGCACGCCGUCAUCGAGCAGCAACACAAGACAAACUAAACCAACGUCCUCCCCUCAAACCCAAACCCAACAGAGCCACCCUGGCACGGAACACAGGCCUGACCCCAAGUGAAAUCAUGAACAGUACUGGCUCUCACAAAGAUGAGGAAGAAGAGGAGGACUUGAGUGGUCUUCACCCUGGUGCUCUGCUCUACCGAUCUGCAGCACUUCAGCAUUUCCCUGUUAUGGCCGAUGCUCUAGCUCACGGAGCUGAUGUUAACUGGGUUAAUGUGGCUGAGGAGAGCAAAACGCCACUCAUACAGGCCGCGACCGUGAAUUCUCUGGCAGCGUGUGAGUUCUUGCUGCAGAAUGGCGCUAAUGUUAACCAGGCUGACUCGAAUGGAAGAGGACCCUUACACCAUGCUACUAUACUGGGACAUACAGGGCUGGUGUGUUUGUUUCUGAAGAGAGGAGCCGACUACAACAAAAAGGACAUAAGCCAAAAAGACCCGAUCACCAUAGCUGUAGAAAGUGCCAAUGCUGAUAUUGUUACACUCCUCCGAAUAGCCAAGAUGAACAAGGAGAUGCGAGAGAUGGAUGGCGGCUUCGCCCAAUCAGGUGAUGAAACCUAUCAUGAUAUCUUUAGGGAUUUCUCUCAAAUGGCUUCCAACAACCCUGAGAAGCUGAAACGGCGCAGUACUGAUAUUAAAAUCCCAUAACCACCAGGUGCAAGACUGUACCUGUUUCUCUCACUAUCUUUAAUAUACAGACAUGGGCUGGAAGGUUUAGUGUUAUUUCAUAAGUGUGUCUUGCUUUUUUGCCUUGUCAUCACCUGGCUGUGACACACACAGAGAAGUCAGCUAUGAAAUCUGUAAGCUAUGGUAUGUUAACACCCUUGAUCUUUGAGCCUGAGCCCCAUUAGGUCACUAGGCGAUAAUGUGCAGCUCGUUUAGCAGUGUUGCUAUGCCACUACACUGCUGUAGUUUUAGCUUUGCUCUGUGAUUGCCAGUGUUCUCUUUAACCACACUGGUAUCAGGACUGUGUAAUAAGACUCGGAAGUGAAAACUCCUGGUUGUCUCAUCAAAUUAUUCUGAUCAUGGUUUCUAUUCAUAUUUGUGUUGUUCUUUUUUUUUUAUUAACAUAAUACAGCAAAUUUCUAUUGUAUGUUUUGAGAGAUAUUGGAUAUCCCUAAAUUUUAUAGACUGGAUUAUUUUUCAGUCUGAACAGUUUCUAUUUUAAUUCCACCUUCUCGGGAAACACACCGUGCAUUAGUCAUAGAUAAACUGUUAAUUUCCUGCAAGUGUUUUUCAUUUCCUUUUCAUGACAACAAUUACAAAAUUACUUUUCUCAGUUUUUUGUUGCAUAAGCAUUGUGAUAUCUAUGCAUGUCUUGUUAAGAGAAACAAAAGAUUUAUACAUGAUCUUCCCAGAGAAACAGUAGAAAAAUAAACUUGCUUGCUCAUGUGUCUUCUUGUAGCUCAGAGAUGUAGCAGAAGUGAUUACUAUGCAGAUACAGUGCUGUAAACAACAACUUCCCAAAUGGCAGGUCCCCAGUGACUGAUCCUCAGUGAGAUAUACUUAUGUCUUUUGUACCCAAGUAUCAUAAUAGUAGUUAAUUUUUGUACCUAAGCAUCAUCAGAGUAAUAUCACUGAUAUCCUCCUUAAACAACAGAAUUGCAAGAAAACACUUAUCAAGCUUUUUAUUUAAUCAAGCGUAUCUUAAGUCUCAAAUUCUAGAAUAACAAUAACAAAUAUUACAAAAUUAUCUUAUUUAUUAAAUGAUUAUUAAUUAAAACUAUACAGUUCUUAAAUAAAACAAACUUAAACUAAAAACACAAUCAAAUGUAAUCAAGUACAUGUAGUCAUGAACAUAGAAAAACAGAAUCAGCAAAUUGGUCAAAAGCAGAGACCCAUCAUGUCAAGGACAAAACCACUCAGCUACUUCAAACAUCAACUGAAUUCAAUGCACCCCGAUGUUAGUUCAAGGAAUCUAGUUUAAAAACAACAAAUAUAUCCUUGUAAUUUAUUAGCUAGUAGUGCACACACACACAAACAUUAUCAAUCAUGAAAGCAAAAAAAAAAAAAAAAAAAAAAAAAACACUUCAAAUGAUAAUGUACUGAAUAAUUUAUCAAAUAAGGAUUUACAGCUAAUUUAAAAUGCUCCUUUUUUGACAACAGCACCAAGUAUGCACGUUGCAAUCAAUGAGUAUGCUUAUGAAACAAAUCCCUAGUUUCAUUUUUUAAAGUCAGAGGUUUCCAUUAUGUGUGCCAGAUUCAGCCAUGUUUACUGAUCUUGUAUGUGUAGUGUUUUUCAGUAGAGGAGCUAAUAGACGCAGUCGAUUAAGGAUCAUACGUUUAUCUUUAAGAGCUCAAAGCAAAUCAAAGUCUCAUAUUUAAAAGCACUCAGACACUGACAUGUCUUUUAGAAGAUUUCAGUGGCUACUAAAUAAUCCAUAUACACCAUAUAGUAAUCCUAUGUUUGUUUUUAAUCAUGGGCAUUACAUGGACCACAAUGAAUAGUAAGACAGAUAGGAUAGCAAAAUAUAAGGUACUGGGCCUCCGAGACUAACUGCUGAAAAAUAAUCAGCUUAGCUGAGUCAUUGAGCACACAUAAUGUUUAAUUUGAUGAUUUCAACAGAUGGGUCACAGUGACCUCAGCGAAGCUCAAAUAAUGUUCAAUGAGUAACUGCCUUUCAUGCAAUAACGUAAAACACCAGUAACAAGCAUGCCUGGCUAAAUAUGUACAAGUUUGCCUCAACUAUCUAACCAAAUCGCUCACCAAUCCACCUGUGGACCUUUGAAUAAGAUACCCAACUAGCAAGAGCUGAUCCUCUGUAAGCAAUAUCAGUGGUCCACAGGAAUGUCUCACUGGUAAGAAUGAAUGUUGAGUCUCAGCUUUGCUUUACAUGGUCAAAAAUUUAGCACAUAAUUAAAAGAAAUUGCUAAUGUUAAACCUAAUUUACAUUUAAACCUCAACCAUUUAUUUUGUGUCUUGUCAUGUUUUUGUAGAAUACUCCUAGUUGAAUAAGGUUUGAAUAUUUUUACAAUGCCGCAAUUUAAAUGUCAUUAAAAGACCAUCACGCCAUGAAACUUCUGUUAAUUGUGCUUUCUAACCAAGCCAACUGAAAGAUGUCAAAAAGCUUCAACCAUAAUCCAACACACUGUAACACAUACAUCUUAGGCAAACAAAUUUAGGCCACCGUCUGUCCAAACGACUGAUAUAAUAACU